UUCGUAUGAAAUCAAAAUUAAUUUUAUUUUGCAGAAUUCAUCCAAGGCAUGUCACAGUUCAGUGUGAAGGGUGACAAGGAGAGCAAGUUGCGCUUCGCUUUCCGAAUUUACGACAUGGACAAUGAUGGCUAUAUCUCAAAUGGGGAACUGUUCCAGGUCCUUAAAAUGAUGGUGGGCAACAACUUGAAAGACACACAGCUGCAACAGAUUGUGGACAAGACCAUUCUCUUUGCCGACAAGGAUGAAGAUGGCAAGAUCAGUUUUGAUGAAUUUUGUGCAGUUGUUGGCAACACUGAUGUCCACAAAAAGAUGGUGGUUGAUGUUUAAGUUUGCAAUCAUGGUUGUUGAUUUGGGUGCCACUGGCCGAAGGUGCAGUACAUGUUAUGCUUUCUUUGACUUGUCUCAUCCAUUAGAUGACUUUUUUGAUGACAUAUAUGUCGUCUGGGUACAUCCUCCUCAGUGUGGGGUACAGAAACAUCCUUUUGAUACUCAAGAUGAAGGCACAUUGUUUUUAAUACAGCAGAAUGCAACAGUGUGGUGAGCAGAUCUUUAGAUUCUGCCAGCUGAUAGCUCCUUACAUGUCAAAAUUUGUGAUGAAAAUGUUAUCCUUAAAAGAAUAAUGGGAAUCUACUUUGAUAUUUGUGUAGUUAUGACUAUCAGUCAACUUUUAUCUGUAGUUCAGUAACACUUUCAUUUGUGUGCUUUUUUCAUGUGGAAAUGUUAACUGUCAUACCCUGUGAAGUGGUAUCAUGGAUUUAAGAUUCAUAUAUUGUUGUUCAUUAUUAUUUAUAUGUGUAUAAUUAUUUUGAUUUUUUCUUGAUAGAGCCAAGGCUCAGGUGGCACUCUGCUGGUAAUUGUUUAAGACAUUGAUAUUUCUCUUCAUGUUUGAGCUUAUGUAUGAAGUGUUUAUGCAUUUGAUCUCAUACACUUAACUCCCUGCAUAGCAUCUAUAUAGUAUAAAUAUCCCCUUUAUUUCAGAACUGAAGUUGUUGAUCAUUGAGUAGUAGUAAAUUCCUUCACUUCAUACAUGCAUCACAAUAGUUUUUGUUAUAUAUUUGUAAACUUGUGGACCAUAACAGAAAUAUGGUUUUGCAAGACUUUUCUAUUUUAUGUAUUGUGCAUAAUUACCUGUAACACUCCCUGAGGAGGCAUAUGGCAGGAUCCUUGGGGAGUUUGUGUCAUCGUGACUGGAUGGGGAGGCUCAAAUUCUGAGUGUACUUUGCAGGCCCUGGUGGCUGUGUUGUCAUCUUGUUUAAGCUUCUUGAUUUUUAUCUGGGAAGAGAGUAAUUUGAAUGUAAGGUCAUAGCCUCCUGUUAAUUUGUUUUCUUUUUUUUUUCUUCUUCUUCUUCUUCUUCUUGAUUUCACAUUUGAUGUUUGAAAAGUCUUGGGUUGAAUAAUUGUAAUGGCAACAACAUUGUGUAAGGAGUUUCAUGCUAUACUUGUGAAAGAGAAAGGGGAAAAUGGAGGGCUAGAUUUGACUUGAUAAAGAAUCACCUUGGGUUCUUAGUAGGCAAGAGCUGGUUUUAUAUGAACACAUUAAAAGAGAAUGUAUUCUAUUUUAUUUUUUAUCUAUUACAAGUGUACACCUUCAGAAUUUGGGCCAGAUAGGGUUGUGUGUACAGACUGGCCUCAUUUCUUCAUCAGUUAGAGGCUAAUAAUAAAUAGUUUCAAAAUAUUGUUGUUAGAUGUAUGUUUAUGUACUUUCAUAUCAUUUUUAAAGAAAGAAGUUACAGAGUAAGAAUGAGGAUGUAGCAUGACCCUAGGCAAUUAGAACUCCAUCAACCUACGUGCAAUACACCUGCUCAGGCAGAAGUCCUGUGCGCUGCUCUAGCUAGUCAAUAUUGCUCGGUCACUAUAUAGCAUGAAAGCCGCCACAGGCUGUUCCUAACAGCUGUUAUUGCAGAAUAUUUUCUAAUGUUUCAUGAAAAGCAUUUGAGCCAGAUCUGUUCAUAUUACACAGUAUAGUACCCAGAAGCUAAGUGAGUAAAAAGUUUCUACAUUUAUAUUAGCUGAGUGGGAGAAAUAGACAGAUGUAUAAAUUUAUCACUCAAGAGUAUAUUGAACUUGAAAUAUAAAGAUAGAUGGUGUGUAACAUGAACACAAGUUAAUAUGUAAUGACCUCAUUUUCAAGACAAAAAAAAAGUAAAAGUUACCAAUAGUUGUGUAAUUAUAUAUUGUUUAGGUCAUAAAUUGGUUGCCUUCCUAUCAAGUUGAAAAAUGGAAAAUGUAGGUUAUUGGGCUCAAUGAUGUUGAUCUUAGAGUCUCUUGGCUUUCCCUCCAUAUAUAGGACCAUGUCUCUUGUAAAUUUAAAACCAUGCUUCUGGUGUUCUCUCUGUGAGAAUUGCGAAGAGGAAUGUUUUGUAUAUGAAAUAUUUUAUCAUGUCUAAUUGUCAGGUAUUUGUAAACUGUAGAAACCCUUUGUUUGUUCUAGUGUCAUCAGAGAUGUAAGAAAUUGAAUUUAUUUCAUAUAAGCCAAAUAUGGCUGUAUGUUGUCUAAUGAUUUAUUAAAAUUUCAAAUAAUACUCUUUAUGUCAACCCCUUUGGAACAAUGCCAGUGGCGAGAUUGCUCAAGAUGAAGGGAGUCUCAAGAAAAGCUUUUUAGGCUAGAGUGAUCCUGUUGUACUUGUGUUAUUUAAUUCUUAAAAGCUUUUAUGCUAAUAAUUUGAAAGUAUCAGGAAGCAUGAUUUUUGAAAAGUUGAAUUAAAGAUUAUUUAAGAGAUAAAAUGUUUUAUCACAUGCACAUGCCUCCCCCCCCCCCCCUCACAUUAAAACAUACACACCUAAAAUUAUAUGAAAUUAUAUUACAUUAAAUCAUAGAUAAAUAUUCUUAAAAGAAACUGUAUAUAUUAUAAGCACAUCAGUGUUUGUACUCAUUUAUUUAUGCACAGUUACAUACGUACAUCUGUAUGAAUACUACUGGUGUGUAUACAUAUGAAUAAAAGAAAAAUGUAUAUUCAUCUGUGUAUACUAUGCAUUUAAAUAGAUAAUGUAUAUAUGUACUUUUUAAAAUCUCCCAUUUCCGUGAUAUGAUGACAUGUUUCAUCUGUUAAACAAACCUACAUAUGAUCCUAGUGCAGGACUACUUACAUUAUCAGGAAAAUCUGUUUACAUACAUACCAAAUAUAGCAAGCAAAACAAGGUAUGUCUGUUUUAGAUACAGCAUUGGCAAUUUUUUUUUUUCUCCACUAUAUGAUCAUCUUGACAGCAACACAUACUAGAGGUGAUGAGGAAAGGUAGGUUGAAGCAAAAAGCCAAUUGCAGUUAUUCCAAAGGGGAUUUAUAUUUAUCUUACGCAGCAUAGUAUUGUUGUAAGUGUGCAUGAGGACUGAAAGGUGAAUUUAUAAUGUUGAUUUGAACGUUAUUUUUAUCAUUAUUUUCAUUGAUAUGAAGGAUAUUUGUCCUUGCUAUUGAGACUAUUGAUGUUUAUAUCAUUACUGGCUUGGAUAAAAGAAAGAAAGAAAAAAAAAAUGAAAGUGACAUGAUAAUCUAGAAUAGUACAUAUUAUAUUUAUCUGUGAACUUUAAUUAUUUAUUUGCAAGAAGUUCCCAUUGUAUGUAAGUUUUUUUUAUCAUUACACAAAGCUACAUCAGAUACUUUUAAGAAAUUGCAUAUGGCUGGUUAACUUUUGAUAUUUAAUGUUUUUGGUCACAAAGGAGGAGUAUUGAUAAUGCAGUUUCCUUCUAUCAUUCUUCCUUAUGGGAUUUUAGGGAAUUAUUAAAAUUUAAUUAACUUAACAAAGAGAUACAGGAUAUUGAGACCAGAAUGAUGUUAAACCUGAAGGAAAGUGUUCAUUUAAUCUACCUUUUGAUAUUUAUCUUGAAUCUACAGAAACAGACCGCAGAAACUUCUAGUAUUCUCAGGACUCGGUCAGUUUGGUCAUAGUAUGUUUUCAGAUGUUACUUAUUGUGUAAUUGUGUGAGACUUGCAAUGUUAUUAUCUUUUGACAGUGAAUAUUAUUGAAAUUUAAAUAAAGAAGCAAUUUAUGA